AUGGGGGUAAUGCAGCCUCGUGGACGUCGCGACUCUCGUGCUUCGGCUCUAUCGCGAAACUUGCUUUUCGAUCGCGAUACUCCUAGCAUCCUCACUUCAGAGUCGUUGGUGGAACAUGCACACUUGGGCAGUUUGCCCGGUCCAAUGGGAGGAGAACCAUCUAGUUACAAUGGUUCGACAAUAAAGACCCCAAAUCGUUCAUUUUACCACCGGUCAUUUAAUAGCAAUAUGGAUCCGGCACAUUAUGCUACAGACGGUCUCCGUGACCAAACCGCUGAACUUGCUACCUAUGGUCUCUCGCUGAAUAAAAAAUCACUCUUGCGAGAUGGCCCCGGCUUACCGCCCAGUCUCGAUAUAUUCCACGACAGUCAAUCUACAGAGCACUCGCAAGAUGAGGCUACAAGCUCUGGUGCUGCUGGGGAAACAUUUUUGGAGCCGAGAUAUGCAUCUGUCGAUCCUGCAUCAGCUUCUUCGGCCUUGACAGCGAUGAUUCGCCGGCCAUCCACGAUUACGGUCAACGACCAGGUCGUCCGACCGGAAAGUGUUCCUUCAUCGCCGACGAUGCUAGAAGAACCCGUGCGAGACACUGAGCACACCUCGUUAUUGUCAAAGCCUCGAUCCAAAUCUACGCAGAACUAUGGAACUUCGGAUGUGGAGAAUCAGAGAGAAAUUCUGAAAGGGUCUCCAAACUUCCUCACGACAGGAUUAUCAUCUGUGGCCCACUGCGCUCGGAUAUUGGCCAACCCAAAAUCUUGGAAUAGACGUGCCAUAUGGCAAGAGGCUGUGGUGUACCCCACCAGCCUGGUUCCUGCAGUAUUGCUAGGACUGCUUCUUAAUAUUCUCGAUGCCUUAUCCUAUGGAAUGAUCCUGUUCCCACUGGGAGAACCCCUGUUUGCACAUCUAGGAACCGACGGCAUCUCCAUGUUCUACGUCAGCACCAUUAUCUCACAACUGGUUUUCUCUUGCGGGGGCUCGAUCUUCAAAGGAGGAAUAGGAAGCGAGAUGAUUGAAGUAGUACCAUUCUUCCAUCAAAUGGCUUUCACCAUCAUGAACUCCAUCGGCAAGGACAACCCGAAGUCGGUGAUAGCGACGACCAUCCUAGCCUUCUCGGUCAGCUCGAUCCUCACCGGCCUGGUGUUCUUCUUGAUGGGUGUCUGUGGGCUAGGAUCCCUCAUUGGCUUCUUCCCCCGCCAUAUUCUCAUUGGAUGUAUCGGUGGAGUGGGCUACUUCUUGCUACAAACUGGCAUGGAGGUUUCGGCCCGGCUACCUGGGUCUUUGGAGUACAACCUUCCCACACUUCAGAAGCUUUUCCAUCUGGACACUUUCCCUCUUUGGAUGAUACCCCUGUUCCUUGCGAUUGGCCUUCUUGUUUUGAAGCGGUUUGUUCGCUCAAACUUCUUAGUAGGUGGAUAUUUCAUUGCUGUCGCUGCCGUGUUCUACAUCGUCAUCUUGAGCGCCAGGAUCCCCAUGGAUUCUUUGCACCAAAAUGGAUGGGUAUUUGAUGCGCCGUCUUCCAACAACCCCUGGUAUCAUUUCUACAGUCUUUAUGAUCUUGCCGAGGUCAAUUGGACUGCCUUCAGCGAGACCAUUCCAGCUAUGUUUGCUUUGACAUUUUUUGGUGUACUGCAUGUGCCCAUUAACGUCCCUGCGCUCGGAAUUUCCACUGGCGAAGACAAUCUCAAUGUUGAUAGGGAACUUGUGGCUCAUGGUGUUACGAAUGCUCUUUCAGGAUUCGUAGGAAGCAUCCAGAACUACCUCGUCUAUACCAAUAGUCUUCUCUUUAUUGCUAGCGGUGGUAACUCUCGUUUGGCCGGUCUCAUGUUAGCCGCAGCUACGGCAGGGAUCAUGGUCAUAGGCCCAGUUAUCAUCGGAUACAUCCCCAUUAUGGUAGUCGGUGCCUUGAUCUUCCUAUUAGGCAUUGAACUAUUGCAAGAGGCCUUGGUAGACACGUGGGGAAAGCUCACUCGACUCGAAUACUUGACUGUCGUUAUCAUUGUCGUUACAAUGGGUGCUUGGGAUUUCGUUGUUGGAAUCUUUGUAGGAAUUAUCCUGGCCUGCGUGAACUUUGUGGUCCAGACGUCUCAGAAAUCCGCCAUUCGAGCCACUUACUCAGGUGAAAUCGCUGGGUCAACAGUCCGGCGUCCUCCAAUCCAGCAGCAGUUCCUGCGCGAAGCUGGACAGCAGACCCUGAUGAUGAAGCUUGGUGGAUAUCUCUUCUUCGGAACCAUUGUGAAUGUCGAAAACACCAUGCGCGGUCUGAUUGAAGACGAAGCCUUCGAAACGCGACCUAUUCGCUUCCUCAUUCUCGACUUCUCCCGCGUCUACGGCCUCGACUUCUCAGCUGCGGAAGCAUUCACGCGCAUCAACCGCGUCCUCCGAAAGCGCAACGUGCAAACAGUCAUCUCGGGAUUGAAUGUGGAGGGUGAUGUAGGCAAGUCCCUACAGAAUGUAGGACUCUUCGAGCCCGAGUGUGGCGUUCCUAUCUUCGAAGACCUCAAUUCCGCCCUUGAGUUCUGCGAAAACGACUACCUCAAAGUGUUCUACAAUCGCCAAGAAGCACUUUCUACCCCCGUCGACCCAACCGCCGGCGGCAACAGUGGCCUUCUUCAACUUCCCGUCCCUGUCCCCUCAGGGCCCCAACCCACAACCUUAGCAGACAACAUAGUCAGCUCCCCGCGCCGCCAGUACCUCCAGCGCGUUGCAACAUCAACAAUCCAAGCCCACGAAACAGCGAUGAUGGCCUCCCCCGCUUGGUCCGCCAUGCGCCAACCCCUACCCCUCCUUCUCCAAACCUUCCAAGGCCUCUCGACCCAAAACGAAGACUUCUGGUUCCCCGCCUGCGCUUACUUCUCCCGGGAGUCCUACGCAGCAGGCACAGUCUUAUAUCACGAAGGGGAUGCCCCACGAGCCUUCUACCUCCUCGAGUCCGGCAUGCUGCGCGCAGGCUACGACCUCCCACAAGGCAGAUACUUCGAGCUUAUCGUCGCUGGUCGGCCUUGCGGCGAGCUGCCUUUCUUUAGUGAUACGCGUCGCACGGCAACCGUCAAGGCGGAACGUGACUGUGUCGCUUGGUGUUUGACAGGCGUGCAGUGGAAGGCGUUGCAGGAGAAGGAGCCGCGUAUUGCUCGGGAGCUGUUGACUGUUAGUUUGAAGUUGACGACCGAGCGUAUGGACAGUAUCACUUCUUAUGUGCUCACGAUGGCGGCUUGA